AUGGCUUCACCUAACGUAACGUCUGCACUGGUAUCUAUCGCGACAGCCGCUGCUACUGUCGUCACAUCUGCAUCUACCCAGACCACCGCUCCCGCAUCACCAACGAGCUCGAAACAUGAAGAGAACAAUGGAGAAUGCCGGCUCUUGGGGCCGUUCGCAGUCAUAGUGCAGGCAGCGUUGGGACUACUAGCACUCCUGUCGCUAGUCUACAAAAGAUGGCGAGAGAGACCACAACGGCCGGUCAAAGUAUGGGCGUUCGAUGCCUCGAAGCAGGUCUUCGGGUCGGCGCUGCUACAUCUCGCGAAUCUACUCAUGUCUAUGUUCUCCUCGGGCGAGUUCACGACUUCCGUGGCUAAAGUAGCGGUGGGAAAGGUCGAGUCCGAGUCUGAAUACCAACCGAACCCUUGUUCAUACUAUCUCCUCAAUCUGGGAAUCGAUACCACGCUUGGCAUACCUAUCCUCAUCUGCAUCCUGAAGGUGCUCAGCGUUGGAGCAAGCUACACCCCUCUAGCCAGACCACCUGAGUCGAUUAAGUCUGGCCAUUACGGCAGUCCGCCGAAAGCCACCUGGUGGUUGAAACAGAGCUUGAUCUACUUUGCUGGCUUAGUGGGCAUGAAGUUCUGUGUCUUCAUCAUCUUCCAGCUGUGCCCAUGGAUUGUACAGGUCGGAGACUGGGCUCUUCGCUGGACCGAGGGCAAUGAGGCAAUACAGAUUGCGUUUGUGAUGCUCAUCUUCCCGCUAAUCAUGAAUGGGAUACAGUACUAUAUCAUCGAUAUCUUCAUCAAGAAGAAGGAACCCGCUGACGGAGAAAGCGAAGAUACCGAGCCGGACACCGACGCUCACGGAGAGCAGGGUGGCUUGUUGGCCGGCCAAGAUCACGGUCACGGGGACUUCACUGACGACGAUGAGACGCGCAAGGAUAGUGCCGACAGAACCACGGCUGAGGCUGCCGUCGGGACUAAAGAGUCGUUGGACGCCGAGACAAGGCAAUCUGGGGAUGGCGGAGGGAGCAGCAGUCUGGGCAGCGAUGCGGAGAGACAGGCCCUCGCGGACAGGCCCAGGAUAUGA